AUGUAUUUUACCCAAGGGGCAUUUGCAGGCGCUAAAUUUUGGCAAAACAUAGCUGCUUUUGAGAGUCUCAAAGAGCAUAUGACAGUUGUGCAAGAAGUUCUCGACAAAGCACGACAGGGCAGAACUUGUCUAGUGAUAGCGCAUCGUUUAUCAACAAUACAGAAUUCCGAUGAGAUCGUCGUCUGUAGGGACGGCCGCGUGAUUGAGAGAGGAACUCAUCAAACACUGCUAGCUAGGAAAGGAAUGUAUUAUAAACUUGUAGAACGUCAGAAUCAUUAA